AUCCUAGGCACUGCGAGCGCAUUGGUGCUAAGGCGAGAGCGGGGUCCAUCGCGUAGCGCGUGCCACCAUUGCCAUCACCACUACCACCGUCAUGUGCGCCCAGCUGAUAGGGAUGUGCUGAACACCUGCUCAUCAUGUCGCCUACGCAGAGUCGGAGUCUGGCCGUGCCGAGAUUCUCCUCGUUCAAGCCCAAGCCCGAAGCGAUUGUCCGAGGCUCGGGCGAGAAUCAGCACGACGAAGACCUAGGCGAGGCUGGCGCGCACCGUACCCCCGCGAGACCGCGCCAUCACAGCUCAGCGGCCGAUAUCAAGGUCCCGCAUCGGCCAUCGCCCCCGGAGCAGGGAAAAGACGCCCUGUUUAUCACCGAUAGCACAGGCGACCCCCUCAUUCGGAGGUACGGCUGUAACAAUCGCCGUGAUAUUCCCGGCUAUCGUCGCUUCGGUUCCGGCCGCAUCCUCGGGAUCGAUGGGUACAUGCGCAUUGAUAAGACCCGGAGCCAAGAUGAAUUCUUCCUGCAGGGCCGCGGCGAAAGCCGCUCGUUGCUCGGCAGCGACAAGAAGGCCAUGCUGGCCAAGGGGGGCCACUCCAGGUCGCAGCCGGUUCGGGUCCGCCAACAGCAAGCGCAGACGGUGACGGGAUCGGAAGAUUUUGUGCCCCUCGGGUCGUCGAGGAAACGGAAACGGGACGGCGACGAGCCUGGGGGUUUGUCGAGCGGAGAGGAGCCGUCUUACCGGUCUAUUAACGGGAAGAGCAAGAACCACGAGCACUCCGACAGCGAUGUAGACUACGAUAGUGACGCGUCCGCUGGUUUGGUAAGCGGUGGGGUGGAAGAUCCCGUGAGCUUGAGGACGAUCGAGCUAUCCAAGAAAGUAGGAGACCACCCGCAAGACAUCGACGGUUGGCUCGAGCUAGUGGAUCAUCAGAACAUUCUUCAGCGGAUAAGCGCGCAAAAUAGCCGCCAGCCCACCCCGGCAGAGGUCAAGAGCUUCGCGGAUAUCAAACUAUCACUGCUCGAACAAGCCUACUCUCACGCAAGUACUCGCCCGCAGCAAGAGCACCUGCAGUUGAGGAUCAUGCGAGAAGGCGGCAAAGUUUGGGAUGACAAGACGCUUCUCCGACGAUGGGAUGCGGCCCUAGAGAAACACGGUACCAACUUUGAAAUAUGGAAGCAAUAUACAAACUUCCGCCAGACGAGGCUUUCGACCUUUGAGUAUGAUAAAAUAAAGCAACUUUACGUCGCUCGUCUAAGGCUGCUGGAAUCAGAGGCCAUGGCAAACCAGGCCCGUCCGCAACCCUGCCGGGUCUAUGAACAGAUGAUAUAUGUGUUCCUAAGGGCUACGCGCUUCAUAUCGGAUGCAGGAUAUAGAGAGCUUGCCACAGCAGCCUGGCAAGCCACCCUAGAGAUGACCUUUUCGCGCCCCUCAGCUCUACGGGAGCAGUCGGGAUUCAACGUCCCGACCAGUUUUCAGGACUUCUGGGAAAGCGAAGUCCCGCGACUGGGAGAGGAAUCCGCUUCCGGUUGGGAAACCUUCGACGCCAGUGGGGCGCCACAAGAGCCCCCAGAGCCCAAAUCCUCGGUGCCGUUCACCCCCCCAAAUACUCGGGACGGCUAUAAAGCCUGGUCGCUUACCGAGCAGCAUAGGGCCCGGGUUGCCAUAAAUCCUGCCCGCACCUUGGACGACGGGGCAGACGACGACCCAUUUCGCGUUGCCAUGUUCGCAGAUAUACAAGAUAUAAUACUGUAUAUUCCAACCGAGGCUAUCCCCAGCGUCCGGUGCCAGUUGCUAGAUGCAUUCUUGAUAUUCUGCCAACUGCCUCCCGCUCUUUGCUCUGCUGGCAUUGUCCAGGAUAUGCUCCAGGACGAUUUUCUUCUUCGCAACCCGGGCAGUCCCGUUAGCAUGAAGUCUCGUACUGAACCAAUUGCGGGCUCCGAGGACCAGACAAAAGAUCUCCCAGACUUCUCGCCCGACUACCAACGGUUGAGCAUUACUCCAGACGUACUUUUCCCGCCGCCGAACUGGUUCCAGGGCAUAAACAGGAUUCGCGAUACCGUACCACCUCACCAAUAUCAGUGGAUCUCGGUCACCUUAAAGCAGUUGGUUUAUGCGUUUGAUGUCAGACAGUUAGCACCGUACUACCUAGCUUUUGAGUCGGUCAACGAACCAGGAAACGAAAAGAAGACCGCAAAGCGGCUCCUAAAGCAAGAUUCUGGGAAUAUCGGUCUAUAUCUGGGCUAUUCUAUGAUCGAAUGGGCCAAAGGCAACAAGGCUGUCGCUCGCAACACCGCCGCUGCUGCAAUGGAAAUAGCAAAUUCGCCUCACAGCUGGAUUUUAUUGUGCACUGCUUCGGUGUGGAUGGAACUUGAGGAUCGCAACUUGGCUCGGGGCAUCCUUUUACUAUGUGCGUUGUCAGACGAAGGGGCCCCAGUUUCAGCGUCUGCCAGCACGGCUGCCUCUACAGCCCACAUACUCAAAGCGAGACAAUUUUUCAGAUCAUUCCGUGACGAUUCGCUCACCUCGGGCGAGCCUGAAAAUGCUGUCUUGUAUGCGGAAGGACUUGCGUUGCUAGAAUACAUGACGCAGCAAAGCGGCAGGGAGCCUUCUAGCGGGAGUCAGGGUGACAUCUGGUCCGCAAUCUCUAGUAUCACCGUCUGCUCGGACGAACUUGUUUCCCGCGGUCUCGGGUCUAGCCCAGCCCACGAGCGAUUGCUCCAAUCUGCCGCACAUCUGCUUUACUAUCAUGCUAGUCAAGGGCCGUAUAGACCGGGUUACUUGCGGGAACAACUUGAGAAAUACGUCUGCUUCUUCCCCCGCAAUACCAUCUUCCUCGCCCUUUUUUCGUGGAGGGAAGCCCGCCUUAGCAUCGAUGACAGGGUGCGCUCGAUCUUAGACAAGGCAGUUCUCGUCGAACAAUACGAUUGCGUAACCAGCCGGGUAUUCGCGAUUCGGUACGAGUCUCGCACCGGCAAUAUACAUUCGACGCGAGCGGCGUAUGAGCACGCCCUGGCAAGCGACGCCUGCAAAAACCACCCAGAUCUUUGGAUAUCUUAUUUAAGAUUCUGCCACGAGCGCAAAGAGUUAAGACCGAAGGCUAAGAGCGUAUUCUACCGAGCACUGCAGUUCUGUCCUUGGUCGAAGGACGUAUUCAUGGAGGCGUUUGUUACGCUGGUUAGAGAUAUGGAUUCCUCGGAACUGAGAUCGGUCUACAAUAUGCUUUGCGAGAAGGGCCUGCGCGUCCACGCCGAGAUGGACGAAUUCGUGGAAAAAUGGCGCCGGGAUCAGAAGGCGAGAGACCGCAUCGAGCGGUGACGAUCACCAUCCCGACGUUGCUAAGAGAGAUUCGAUAAGUCAACUCGCUAGCUUCUUUUUCGAAACUCAGGCCCGACGAAGGCCUC